AUGCUCGAUAUCAUUCGCGAAGCGCCUCUGGGUCAAGUCAUCCGCUUCCUGUCAGGAAACAGACUGUUUCAAUACCCAGAGGAUAAGCCAGACUUUGAGUUGCCCGCCCAAUAUGCCGCCCUUCUCGAACCAUCAUCAAAUCUGGGUGAUGAAAUCUUAGAACGAAUCGAAGAAGACACAUCCGCGCGAACACCCCAGAUCAAAGGACAUGACGAUCUGGAGAUGCAAGGGCAGGGUUUACACGGAAAUUUGAGCAGCGUUCAUGCGGUAGCCCACGCGGAGGAACGACUUCAAGUCCAACCUCGCGACCUCGAGCGUACAAAUCCCUUGAUCAUUGUCCCCCAGAGAACAUUAGACGGCAUCAUAUUAGUGGACUGGUAUACCAACGAUGACCCCACCAACCCAAAGAACUGGUCCGGUUUCAAGAAAGGCUUCGUCAUGUUCAUCGUUGCGUUCUACACCGCUGCCGUGUACUCUGCAGGCCCUAUCUACGCUGCUUCCGUUGGCGGCGGUCUUCUGGAACACUUCGACAUCAGCCCGAUCGUUGCUUCGCUUGGCUUGUCGCUUUUCGUGCUAGCCUACGGCAUUGGCGAUAUUGUGUUUGCUCCGUUGUGUGAGAUCCCAGCGAUUGGAAGGAAUCCGGUGUACUACCUUACCUUUGUUGUGUUCUGGGCUAUGAUCGAUGACUUCGGGUCGCUUUUAGCACUCCGGUUUUGGAUGGGCUUCUUUGGUAGUCCUGCACUUGCGAACGGCGGCGCAACCGCCUCCGACUUGUUCGAGCUUUUAUACGUUCCCUAUGGACUAUCGUGGUUCGUCCUUGCCGCGUGGUGUGGGCCCGCAUUCGGUCCCUUGAUCGGUGGUUUUGCGGCCAUGGCGAAGGGCUGGCGAUGGCCCUUAUGGGAGAUAGUCUGGAUUUCGUCUCUCGUACUCGUCAUCCUACUCACGCUCAUGCCCGAAACGUCCGCCGAAAAUAUCCUCCUACGCCGCGCCCGCCGCCUGCGCAAAGUCACCGGCAAUCCCAGACUCCUGUCCCAAAGCGAAGUCACCCAACGCCACAUGACCGCUUCGCAGAUUCUAACAUCGGCCCUUGUCCGUCCCCUAGAAAUCAUGUUCAAAGAUCCCUCCGUGCUCUUUAUAAACGUAUACACCGGCUUCUUCUACGGCGUGUUUUACACCUUCUUCGAAGUCUUUCCUCUUGUCUUCCCUCCCUUCUAUGGAUUUAGCCUUGGACAAAGCGGUCUAGCAUCCCUUUCCUGCUUCGUCGGUGUCAUCUUCGCGCUUCUGGGUUACUUCGUGUACCUGCACUUCUACAUGAUACCCGACAACAAGGAAGGCUUCCGCGAGCAAGAGCACCGCCUCGUCCCCGCCAUCGUCGGAUCGUUUCUGCUCCCCAUCGGACUAUUCAUCUUUGCGUGGACGGCUGAGCGAGAUAUCCACUGGGUUGCGCCCCUCAUAGGCGUAGCGAUCUUCUGCAGCGGACAUUUCUGGCUCAUGCAGAGCUUGUUCAUUUAUUUGCCAUUCUCGUAUCCGAAGUACGCGGCGAGUCUCUUUGCGGGGAACAGCUUGUGGAGGAGUAUAACGGCGGGAGCAAGCGUGGUGUUCGCGACGCCGUUGUUGAGUAACCUUGGAGUGAGCAGAGGGGUGAGUUUAUUAGGUGGGCUGAGUGUGGUGGGGAUCUUUGGAACCGUGGUGAUGUAUAAGUUUGGCAAGCAGCUUCGUGCGCGCUCGAAGUAUGCCCAGAGUUAG